AUUUUCUUUAACUGUCUAUGAAUAACUUUUUUUAUUUUUAAACACUUAUUUGAGCUCCUUCCUUUGAAAUAAAGACAAUUAGAAUAUAUGUUUUUGAGAUAGGUGAGGACGUUGAGGGCAUUGGCCAUUCGGUUGGCAUUUAUGUAACGUGUGGGUAGCAUGCGACGUUUUGAGCUGCUCGUCUUCGAUUCUGCACAUGUGUUUUAUAUCAUUAGGAAGAUAUUUAGGUAUAAGAAACCCUUUAAUUCAACGAAGAAGCUCUAAAAAAAUGGUAUUCACGAAAAUUGCAUUGGUAUGGUUACUGGCCAUGUUUAUUACCAGUCCGAUAAUUGUGCUCUCUCUUAUUGACAGAACAAACGUUCAAGCAACACCAAAUGUAUGUGUAAUCAAUAACCAGUUUUUCUUCGUCUUUGGCUCUUUGUUCGCUUUUUACAUACCUAUGUUUAUAAUGGUGACAACAUAUGUAUUGACCGUGAGAUUAUUACAGAAAAAAGCCAUGUCGUUAGCAGACAGAAAAGACGAAUGUAGUAAAGCUGUACGUUUCAGUUCUUCUAAUGGAGAAACUGGACGUCACGUCGAUUUACGAGACUAUUGUACGUCACAGAAAUUUUUGCUAAGCCGUGAGCAAUUCUCCAAAAAGAGUACAAGAGGUUCACAAUACAAACCAUCGGGUAAAAUGAUGAGAACUCAAGUAAUGAACGAACAAAAAGCGAGUACAGUAUUGGGAAUUGUGUUCUUUACCUUUGUUGCUUGUUGGACGCCAUUUUUUAUUCUCAACAUCUUGUUCGCCGUUAUGGAUACAAAUAUUUUUCCCGAUUAUUUAGUUACAACAUUUCUUUGGCUGGGUUACGUAUCUUCUACAAUCAAUCCAAUUAUAUACACUAUAUUUAAUAGGACAUUUAAACGGGCAUUUUGGAAAUUAUUGACUUGUAAUUGUCACAACACUCAAAGGGUGACCUCGUGCUAAGAAUACAUAUAUUAUAUAUACACGUAUAUUUUCACUAACAAUUGUUCAGAUUUGUUAUUAACUGGUUAACAGCAUCUUGAUCCGAAAUCAGUUAUUUUGAACCGAGAAAAGAAUUUAAUUAAGCUAAUUGUAGAAUUGCUAAGUAGCUUGUGUGUGUUUGCUUAAGAUGCAAUUAGCAUUUUUUCAUAUUCCCCCACUAUCAAAAUCACUAUCUUUUAGUAACAUUAAUGAAUUUGCUGUAAGUUUCAAAUUAUAAAAUAUCCACCUAUUUUCCUUGAUGUUAAUUUAUUAUUAUA